CUGCUCCUCAGCAGCUGCUCGACACUUUUUUCUCAAGUCGAUCACAGAUUUCAACAAACCACUUUCUGUUUGGAGAGCGGAGCCACUUUGGGUUGCAGUCUGGCGCAUCCGGCGCGUCUGGGAUUUUACCCACAUACCUGAAAUAACAAGCAGCUCUGCAGAUCUGAAAGGUUCCGAGUUGUGAAAGAGCUGCAGGCGAAGGUCCUGAGAGUUCUGAGGUCGGGUUCUGAGGUCGGGUUGCUGGCACUGAGGCGCACAGAUGGUGUUUCUGUGGGAUGCAAAAUACGAUCCAGCCCCUGGUAGGCGAUACACUCCCCCCUCCACUUCCCUUGCCUCAGGGGGGAAAAUGGCCGAGGCUUUGCCUCUAGGAGCCCAGGAGGCUGGUGGAGGGGCCACUGUGAUGGGCAAGUUCCGCAUAGCGGACCACAGCAUGGCUGAAGUGAUUUCUGAUCAUCCAGGAGAGCUGGUAAAAACUGACAGCCCAAAUUUCCUCUGCUCUGUCCUGCCCACUCACUGGAGGUGUAACAAGACUCUUCCCAUUGCUUUUAAGUUAGUGACCCUGGGCGAUAUUCCUGAUGGUACUUUGGUAACUGUGAUGGCUGGAAACGAUGAGAACUAUUCAGCAGAGCUUCGCAAUGCCACCGCGGUGAUCAAGAAUCAAGUGGCCCGAUUCAAUGACCUGCGAUUUGUCGGCCGGAGCGGGAGAGGAAAAAGUUUCACUCUCACGAUCACAGUGUUCACCAACCCUCCCCAAGUGGCUACAUAUCAAAGAGCUAUCAAAAUCACAGUGGAUGGUCCCAGAGAGCCACGACGUCAUCGUCAGAAGUUGGACGAGGUCAAACCUGGAUCAUUAGCUUUCUCAGAGAGGCUUACAGAGCUGGAACAGCUGAGAAGGAGCUCUAUCAGAGUAACGCCUCCUCAUAAUCAUCAUCAUCAGCAAUCUGCAAACAACCACCAAUCUGCAGUCCUCACUUCUGCAACAUUUUCCAGCCCUCCACACUCUGGACUAACUGCUGAUUCCAGACAGAUACAGUCUUCUCCAUCCUGGUCCUAUGAUCAGCCUUAUCCCUACCUUGGUCAGAUAACUACUCCCACUGUUCACACAACUGCUCCACUUUCACCUGGUCGCUCUUCUCUUGGUGACCUGUCCUCAAGACUCACAGGUCCUGACCUUACAGCCUUUGGUGACCCCAGGAUGGCUUUGGAGCGGCCUUUUAGCUCCCUUCCCUCACUGCCCGACUCUCGAUUCUCUAACCCUCGGGUGCACUAUCCUCCUACAGGAGCUGCAUUCACAUACACGCCAACCCAUAAUCCAGUCUCUAAUGGUGCCAUCAGCAUCACUAUGGCCACAGCCAUGGCAACCACCCAAACAGGACGGUACCAUACAUAUUUGCCUCCACCGUACCCUGCAAAUACCCCUCACCAAGCUCAGAAUGGGCCGUUCCAGUCUACUUCAUCUCCAUACCACCUGUACUACUCAGCCACCACUGGUUCAUACCAGUUCUCUAUGAUGGCCGGGGGAGGAGGCGGCAGUGACUCACAUUCUCCACCUCGUAUCCUCCCACCUUGUACCACUGCAUCCACAGGUUCUUCUCUUUUACACCCUUCUUUGCCUAAUCAGAAUGAGGGAGUGGGUGUGGAGGUGGAAUCCAGCCACAGUAGCUCCCCAGCAAACAUGGUUGCUGCUGAAGCUGUAUGGAGACCAUAUUGAGUCGCCUCAGACAGUGAUGACAAAUGUUUCUACUCUUAUCACAGCAAUGCUGCUAAGAGUAGACUCACCUGAAAUGAGUAUAUUUUAUAUAAUGACGACAACUCAAGAACUGUGUGAGUCUUAUCUUUACAUAUUUAAGUUGUUUGACAGUAGCAGUUCUAGACUUGAUUUACCGGCAGGGGGUGGAGCAGUUCUUUUCAUUGAGGCACAGUACAAAACAAUAAAAAAUACAUGGCAAUAUUUCAUAAGUUAAGUAAGCCACAGAGCCAUUUGGUUCUCCAGAGUUGCAGAUUACAGACCCUUGAUCUAACAGACGAAAACUGUUAUUCUAUGUCAAUGCGGCUGAAACUAAAAGAGCAACACUUUAAAGCUGUAGUAUGAAACUUUUCUAAAAUGUUUUUUUGUUGUUUUUUUUUACAUAUUUGUUGAAGCUGUCACCAUGUCAUGGUAUGACUCUGAGGCAGAGAAUCUGUGAAAAAAACAUGUAGCUCCUCUGCCUUCUCCCAGUGCAAAGUAGAACAACCAAUCAGAGCACGGAGGUGGGGGUGAGCUGUGGGGCUGCCAGCUUUUACCAGCAGAUUCUGUUGUGAAUGUUGAGGCUAGUUAGCAUAACUACCAAUGGCAGCGGGUAAAAUGGUUUUUCUGUAACAGUAUGUCGUUUCUCCGCCAAUAGCACGUUUAGGAGUGAGUACGUGAGGGUUAGUGAUGGCACCAAGACCCUCCUCCUGGCUCUGAUUGGUUGUUUUUGGUCAGGAGCAACACUUUUCUUUUGAUGCAAAAAUAGCUCCGGGAGGAAGAUCGGUCUUUAGGCAGAUUAUAUGUUAAGAUACUGUUAAGAUAUUAUGACAUUUUUAACAGUUAUGUAAAAAAACAUGUUAUUUAUAAACAUUACAUAGUGCAACUUUGAUUAUUAAUUCAUGUUAAAAUAAAACCGAAGGAAACCAAUGUAAUUGGCCCAACGUCAAUUAACAAUUAACCUUAUAAUCGCGCAAAUUAUAUGUUUAAAGGACAAUUUGCGCAAUUAUCCAUUAAUUGCAAUAAAUUAAUUAAUUGUAAUUAAUUAAUUUGUUAAUUAAGUUGCUUAAUUGUCUGUUAAGGAAAUUUACAAAAUUCACCUAACACAAUGUUGUAAAUUCCACUUUAUCAUAAAAUCUCAAGACAUUACCAGUAACAUAUCGUUUUCUUUGAAAAGCUUCCAAUUAAAAAGAGAAAACCUACAUUUCUCAAUAAAAAGCCUUUGUGCUAGAAUGAGGUGGUUUUUCAGCCGUAUUGAAACACUUCUUCACAUCACAAGAGUAAUGAGCAGGAUGUUACUACUGGCUAAAACCUGAAGAAGACAGGAAGUAGAAGGAUGAUGAUGGUUUGUUUUUUGGGGGGGUUGGACAAUGUGCAGCUGGCUCCACAAAAGCUCUCACAGCGUCUCAAAUUUUCUAAAAGUUGUGUGGCAUUAGAAUGUGUUCAAUCUGCUGUAAAAUGACUAACUGUGAUUUCCCCAAAACGCUGCCUACAUAGUCUUAUAUCAUCAUAAAUUGAUUUAGUAUUAUCACUUUAUUACAGAGGUCAUAAUAGGGUUCAGGACCAGGUCCGCAGGGGCACUGGCCCUUGUUUGUCUCUGUUGUUUGACAGAUUGAAAAAAGCCAUCGUCUUCACCUGUCUGUCUGUCAAAUUGGAAUUGGAUAAGCUAUCUAUCUAUUCAAUCCAUUAAAAAACUAUCUCAUGAAAUCUCCAAACAUUACUGGUAAUGUGUCGUUUUCUUUUUGUUUUCUUAAAAAAAAGCCUUGAUGUGUUGAGCAAGCUGUUCAUUUUCUAUAGGGUUUCCAAAAUGUUACUGAACCACAAAUAUGUAGAUUUUGCUGUCAAUUUCUCGUGAAUGUAAUUCCAAUUGGUUUCACACUAGGACUGCAUGAACGCAGAUCACCAACAGUACAGCAUGUGUUUUUAUACCAAUGAAGAAACAUCAGUUUGUGCAACUUACUCACUAAAUGACUUGUUUCACAUUUUUGCUCAGAAAGGCGCUUUACUUCACAAGCGUAUUGGAUUCAGUGUCUCUGAUCUGGACACUUAGAGUCAGAGGUGAAAAGUCAAAGGUAAAAGGCAUUGGUUCUAUACAUUGGUUGCCAGUUAAAGAGUUGAAAAGUAUGCAGAUGUUUAUUUUAUGUUUGCUAACUUGAAUGUAAUACUUUGAUCUGUUUCACAUUUCUGCCCAAAUACAAUCGUGUAGCAAAGUGGAGUCCUUCCAAAAAGAAAAUAUGGGCUACACCAAUUAACUGAGUAUUAAUAUUAUUUUCAAAGCCUAUAUUUUAGUGCAUCAGAUGCACAUUGUAUUUUCCAGGCUUAAUGACACUCCUUACACAAAGAAUCAUCUCAUGCUAAGCCAAGCAUCUUCUUUCACAUUGACUUUGCAUGCCCUCUUUCACUUUACCCAUCAGUCUUCUCUGCAGCCUUUUCUUCAUCACCAGCAGCUCCAUGUUUAACAUCUGUUGUCCAAGAAAUGCACCAAACCCUCUGCACAUGUCCAGACUCCGUCAGGAUUUUCCCUUCUAUAUUAUUUGGUCUUAAGGAACUCUUAAAAUUAUUGUGUUUUCACCUACAAGUCGUUGUCCAAUUUUUUUAUUGGGUCCUUCAUCUCCCAACAUCACUGCUCUGGAUUCAUUAUGCAGUCAUUCCCAAAAGAUUUGAUUCUUACACACAUUUUAUAAACUUCACUGCUUGACUCUUGUUAGAGCUUAUUGUCAGGCAUCUGGUAUUCUGAAGUUUAACAAUA